GUGGCGCUGGGGAGACUGUCCCGGCCGCACGCCAAUCACGAGCACGUGACGAGGAGCGGCCCGCGGGCAGCCCCGCCCCAUCGCGCAGCCGCUCGACGCGCCAUGUGGGCCCUGCGGGCCGCCGUACGCCCGCGGUUCAGGCUUUUCCCCUUGUGCUGCAGCCGCCCGGCACCGAGGGCACCCGCGCCAUCAUUCCCCGCGCGCGGUCUCGCCGCUGUCGGCCGCGGGGGCCCCGGGAAUCUGGAGGGGCCAUGGGGCCGAGGGCGGGGCCUGCGGGCGGACGGCGGCCGAAGCUGUGCGGGAGACGACGAGGAGGAGCCGGAAGACUCGGACGAGGACGCAGAGGAGGAGCUGCUGCAGAGGGAGCCUCUGCUGCCGGCGGGGACCCAGCGCGUGUGUCUGGUCCACCCCGAUGUCAAGUGGGGCCCGAGGAAGCCGCAGAUGACGCGAGCUGAGUGGCAGGUAGCAGAGGCCACAGCACUGGUGCACACGCUGGACGGGUGGUCCGUGGUGCAGACGAUGGUCGUGUCCACCAAAAGUCCAGACAAGAAGCUCGUCUUUGGCAAAGGGAACUUUGAGCACCUGACAGGUGAGUCGGUCCACACCUGCCCCUUCCCCAGACCUCUUUUCCCAUCCGCUGUUCCCGAGAACAUUCAACCCAGAUGCGUGGAAGGAC